AUGAUUUCUUCAUCUGAUAAUCGACUUUUAUUUAUUCUUGAUUUAUUACCUAAAGAAAUCAUCUUUACUAUUUUUGACUUUCUUUGGGCUCAUGAUAUUCUUUAUUCAUUUCUUAAUAUUAGCAAUUAUUUUAAUAAUAUUCUCUUAACCUAUCAGAAUUAUCAUGUUAAUUUUAAAUCAAUCUUAAAACAACAAUUUGAUUUAGUUUGUCGUUUUAUUCAACCAAAUCAAAUUACAUCACUUGUUUUAUCCGAUAGUAAUGAAACUCCAAGUCAAUCGAAAACUUUUUUAUCACUCUUUCCUAUCGAAAAAUUCAUUAAUCUUCGUGCAAUUACACUAUCUGACAUUGAAAAUGACUGUCAUUCACUUUUCUUUAAUAUUCGUCAGCUAAAAUACCUUAAUUAUUUUGAAACAGAUACACUAUCUCAUCUUUGGAUGAUUGAAACAAUAUCUCGACUCAAACAAUUGAUAAUAAAUAAAUAUGCUGACAACGAUUAUAAUCAUGAAAGUUUACUUCAUUCGAUUUCGUUUUCUCAUUUACGCAAUCUUACUUUGCCUUAUUGUUCAUACGUUCAAUUACGUCAAAUUCUUUCUUGUGCCUCUAAACUUACUUCACUUAAUAUUUCAUUGAUUAUUUCUGAUUGCACUGGUAUUGAUUACUUUGCUGAACAACAUCAAGAGACACCUCUUAUUGUUAAUCAUCUUACAAUGUCCAUUCAGACAUUUACGUGGUAUGUGGAAUAUAAUACUGAUGAUUUUAUUCUUUAUACUAUUCCUCGUUUUGUUCCUCGUACAACAAAACAUUCUUUAUUAUCAAUUUUACCACAUUCAACAACACUUCCUGUCGAACAAUAUUCUAUUUAUUAUGAUCAGAUAAAUGAACUAGAACUUGAUUCAAAUGAUAAAUCAUCUUAUCGAUAUACUAAUGUUCAACGAUUGAUAUUAUCAAUAACAAAAAUUAAUGAAAAUAUAAUUGAUCUUUCUAAAGUAGAAUAUUUAUGUGUGAAAUCAUUAUCAUGGCCAUUGAAGAAACUCUUUCAAAUCAUCAAAACAUCCAUGACUAGUUUAUAUCACUUAAAAAUUGAUUUUAGUUUUUCUAUGAUACAACUUUCUGAUAAUAUUUAUCCACUAGAACAAAUUCGUAUAAUAGAUUUGCCUCAGUUUUCAUGUUCAUUCAAGAAUGACAACAUUGAUUUAUCUUCUCUAUUUCCGUGUAUAGAACGUUUAACAAUCGGAAUCAAUAGUCUUCAUCAAAUGACAGAUAUAAUUGAUCGAUUUAUGCAUUUAUCGAGUGGAUCAUUUCAUAUUAUGAACGAUCAUACUGAUAUUAACUAUAUAUUAACUGAAACUGAUACGAUAUACAAAUGGCUCAUAGAAAAAACGAAUCGUUUGGCGAGAAAUCGUAGUUUCACUUAUCGAUUAGAUUCUCGAUCUGAUAUUUGGAUACAUUUAUGGAUUAGUAGUGAAAGUACAACACCAGAAAAAGUAUUAAACAAAAUGUUAUCAGGCGAACAGUUAAUGGAACUUAGAGAAACCAAUGGGCAACAUAAUUGUUCACGAUGUUGUUCACUGCAAUAG